UUUGUCCUAAUAUAUUUUUCAUAGAUCUGGCAAAAGGCUCAUCUUUUAAAAACCAUGGCUGUAGUUCCAGUGAAAAAAGACUGUCAUCCUCAGUACAGGGGAUGUUGUCAUCUGGCAGAGCUGAAAGAGAAGGAUGGAGUGGAUUCAUAUGAAACCAUAAUAUCCUCUUUGGUUUCAUGCACCAGUGAGGAGAUGAGGAAGGUCAAGGCUCUGACCAGUAUCUGCAGCAUAUGCAGUUCCUAUAGUGGGAGAAUUCAUGCAUGCCUCCAAUGCAUAUUCUUUGGGUGCUAUAGGAAAAAGCACAUUCACUCCCAUUUCCAAGGAUCUGGCCAUUAUCUUGGUGUGGAGCUGUUAUAUGGCAACGUCUUCUGCUUUCACUGUGAUAAUUACGUUUAUGACAAGCAGCUGAUGGAUAUUACUCGAAAGCAUGCUCGAAAUGCCAGCAAAUCCCUGGGCAUGAGAGACCCCUUUGAGUCAUGGCAGCCUGAUUAUGAGGAGAUGAUUCUCCUCAAGAGCAACAGGAAAAGACUUCGAAUUACCCCAAACAGCACUAUUGGUAGCGUUUUUUAUUCUGGGAAGCGACAGCCACUGAUCCUGCACCGUCUUUUGCAUCUGAUCUGGAUGCAUGCUCAUCAUCUAGCUGGGUUUGAGCAGCAUGAUGCCCAUGAGUUCUUCAUCUCCACCCUGGAUGUCCUACAUCGUCAUUUUUUCCGUGACAGUGGAGGCUCAACUGAUCCCAGCAAUCCUCAUCAUUGCAAUUGCAUCAUUGAUCGCAUAUUUACUGGAGGGCUGCAGAGUGAUGUUGUCUGCCUAAAAUGCCAUGGUGUGUCAACAACCAUUGACCCAUUCUGGGACAUAUCUCUGGACCUCUAUGAUGGAAGUGAUGCUCCACCCACCACCCUCCUUGAGUAUUAUUUGUUUGCGGUGGUGAAUCACAUUGGGGGUAUUCGUGGUGGACAUUAUGUUGUCUACAUUCGCCAGCACCAGGACCAAUGGUUCAAGUGUAAUGAUGAGCUCAUCACCUGUGCCAACAUCUCCCAGGUUCUCAACACUGAAGGGUACCUCCUAUUUUACCACAAGAGGAUCCUGGAGUAUGAAUGAAAUGCAGUCAUCAUUAUAAAACCUAACCAGAUAUUUAUUGGGAAUGAAUUGUUCCUCCAGGGGGGAAAACUUUUUAAAAAAUAUAUUGCUGGUG